AUGCGUGGCUCUUGGGCCCCCAUCACCCAACCAGGGGCUCUGGAGCAAAUUCAAUGCAGCUUUAAGAGCAGAUGCCUCCCCGCCUCUCUCAGCGCCCCUGCUCUGGCAAAUGGGUUGGUCUCUUUUGAAAGUUACAAAGGGAAAGCAACUUCUGAUCCUCCACUCAGCGACGAAGCUCCCUCGGAGGCCACUCUACGGAAAAGACGGGAUAUCAGUGUCAUAGCACACACACAACCCCCCCGAACACACGAGACCCAACCAAACAGGAAGGUCUCCUGCGCAAGCUCCAUUCUAGCCAACCGAACCAGAGCAGCGACGCGCUGA